GUGUUUCCCCUUUUUUAUCCCUUGUGACACACAGUGUUUCCCCUUUUUUAUCCCUUGUGAACACACAGUGUUUCCCCUUUUUUAUCCCUUGUGAACACACAGUGUUUCCCCUUUUUUAUCCCUUGUGACACACAGUGUUACCCCUUUUUAUCCCUUGUGACACACAGUGUUACCCCUUUUUAUCCCUUGUGAACACACAGUGUUUCCUCUUUUUUAUCCCUUGUGACACACAGUGUUACCCCUUUUUAUCCCUUGUGACACACAGUGUUACCCCUUUUUUAUCCCUUGUGAACACACAGUGUUUCCCUUUUUUUACCCCUUGUGACACAUCAGUGUUUCCCCUUUUACCUGUGCUAGAACUGUAAUGCAAGGUGUCCUCAGGGCUAAAGUCACCAAGGACCAGAAAAACCAGUGCUGCGUGGGUGGUUCCACAAAAAAAAACUGUUGUGCGUAUCGACAUAACAAUGGAAAACACGAGAGAAAAAGAUUAAGAACUUUUGCUCAUAACUUGGCCUCACAAAAAAGGAUUCCAUAACAUUGAGUGACCAGACCAGAACUAACAGAUGGAAAUCAAUAACAUACACAAAAAGAAGACAAUCGUCUUUUCUGUUAUUUUUCUACUUGUUUUGAUGGUAAUCUUAGUUUUAAUCUUCGGCAUUCCCCAUUCAAAGGAUGGAGAAACUGAGAAUGGAGGGAUUCAAGAUGGAGGGAUGCAAGAGAUUCUACCUCUAGACAUGGUCCGUUCUUCUGUUGAUGACAAAUAUGAUGGGUGCAGAGAUUUAAUGUUAUGGGCGGUUGAAAACAUGUACCUCUACGAUGAGUUAAACACUAAUCCUCAAUUCAAUACAUCCUGGAACAUAGCAAAACCACACGCUAUACCACAUGGAGACAGUUUGAAUACAGAGCAUUCUAUUGCUAUCUAUUUGUAUACAAAAAACAGACCAGGAUCAAAUUCCAAAUCAAUGUACCUGGACUUUAACAAAGCAGUUCAAGAGGGCCAUUCUGCAUAUAUGACAUCAUCAUUCAAGUACCAUGCACUGCAUUUCUACCUGACUGACGCCAUUCAGAUUCUUAGAGAAAGACAAGAGACAUGUAAGGAAACCUUUCACAGAACCAACAAGAAGUUUGAUCAGAGUGUUCUCAACCACAAGAUCCGUUUCGGCACCUUCGCCACAAGCUCUUUAAGAUCCGACUUAACCAAUUUUGGGAAUGUGUCUUGCUUUGAGAUCCACACUUGCUUUGGUGCUGAGUUAACUUCUUACUCAGCCUUUCCUGAAGAGAGAGAAGUUUUAAUUCCUCCAUAUGAGAUUUUUGAAGUCACCAAAAUCCAGACAAAGUCACCAGUGAAUAACCUGUUGUGUGAAGUCAUCUACACACUAAAGAGCAAGGGAACAGACACUGAUCUGAAUUGCAAAUUGAUUUUGAGUGGAGGAGAAUCAAACAUUAUCAGAGCAUCAGAUACAGGCUACAUAAUAAUCUAUAUUAUGUUGAUAACUACUGUAUAUUACUGAUCAUUACCACCACCUCUAACAAUGAGAAGUAGCCUGAUCUGACACAACAGCUGCCCCAGCUUCACAGUGUAGAGAUUCUGGCUGUGUUCCAGGCCAGCUACAUUGCAGACACAUGCCUACUCUCACACCUGUAUAGGUCUUUAACAUAUCAACUAACCACAUCAUUUAGCAAUCUGAUGCCCGACUGCGCAGUCGAUGAUGUGGCACACAACCAUUGGUUGAUGCAAUGCAUUGUCUGCAAUGUUAUUCGACCUGGAAUGCAACCCUGUUAAUGCUUGUUUUAACCUGCAUUGAUUGCUCGGUUGCAUAUUUUUUUUACUGCUACUGUUUUGAAAUGGUUGAGAUUACAUGUCUUGGUCACGUGUAAUAUUUUCUUGACAUUUGCUGGCAUGUACACUGUGACCGCGGCUACCUACAGUACACCUGGCAGCUUUUGAGUUUUGGAAGGGGAGGGAUUUUUUGGCCAUACGUUGCACGCGACUUGCAGAGAGAGGGGGAGGGCUACCAAAGAUGAUCGUCCCUGGUUCCACCACUAGUCCAACAUCUCAACCCCCCACAACCAACACUAGUAACUGUCUAGAGGCCAGUGCUCAUGUAAUAAUUGGUUCUGAGUUGCCGAGAUGAAGCCAAAGAGAACCAGCCACUAUCAUCACAUCUGAGUGACAUUGUGGUUAACAUGAUAAAGCUUUUUUCACAUUACACCAUUUUCAAAAUCCUUAAAAUCACCUCAUAUUCCUGACUGUCAUGCCUAAUGGCUUUACAAAGAAAUGACACGUCAGUACUGUCUUAAAGCUUCCUUCACAUGACAUGGUUUACAAAAUCCUUCAGUUGUAUUACCUUUCACACUAUGCAAGUCUUGACAGGAUUACAUGUGUCCCAUCAUGUCUAAUCUGUAAUGAAUUAUAUCAGACAAACUGACUCAAUUGAACCUAAGGUCAGUUCGUAACGGGAUGUAAGAAUAACAAGAGUGAGGAGAAAAUACAACUUUGAGAGCUCUCUGAGGGUGAGAGAGAGGGUUGGGUGAGAGAGCACUGAGAAGGGUUAGUCGUUAACUUUGAGAGCUCUCUGAGGGUGAGAGAGAGGGUUGGGUGAGAGAGCACUGAGAAGGGUUAGUCGUUAACUUUGAGAGCUCUCUGAGGCUGAGUGAGAGGGUUGGGUGAGAGAGCACUGAGAAGGGUUAGUCGUUUUCUGUCUGUGAGGUCACUGGCCGUACGCCUCUCAGAUGAGUGGGAGGAGACAAAACAAAGAUGAUUGAUGCAGCAUGCAGUAUCAAACCUAAAUAUCAUGCUAGCCUUUUCAUGGGAGGGAUAUUCUGUCGGUUUCGGUUUCAUUAAGUACGUUGUUCACCUGGAAAAACUGGUUUGAGAGACUCAAACACAACCAACACACAUUGAUAACAUAUAAGAACAAUAUAGGCCAUAGGUUAAUAGAGAGAAAGAACUAUAUGUAGGCUUCUAUCUGGUAUGUUGUUCUACCAUAUGACUAAACACACUGGCCAAGUCCAACUCCCCAUACUAACUAGUAGGCUGAUGGAUAUGAGAAAAUACAAUGUUUUAUAAUAUGUGACAUUUCUAAUAUUGAGUAUGCUUUCAAUGCCAGGACGUCAUAUAAUUUCAGUUUUUAAUCUAGUGUUCUUCACUACAUUCUAUUGAGGAAGAGAAUUGUCACUUCAGACCCAGAUGAUAAUCAGCUGAUAAUAAGAUAAGUGGAUAGACUGUAGAAGACACAUUCUCAGUAUGGGUGAACCUAGUAUGUUAAUAUUUGUUGCUUAUUGCAUACAUUUGAUCUAGACUACAUUGUAAAUAGCGUAGUAAUAACCAGACAGAUAACCAUGUAGCGUAAUAUUAAUGUAAGAGAUCCAGCCGGCUCACCAGGCUCCAUUCUAAAUAGUAUGUAGUAUGAUCAGAACACAGUAGUUAUAGUCAAUAGUAGUCAAGACAGAUGUCAGACAUGGUCUAAGUGGUUUGCCUAAGAGGCAGGUUGACAAUAAACAUCAAAUAGUACAACAAUCAAGGAUAUAUUUUAGUUAUUGAUUAUUAUUGUUAUUUUUUAAUUGAUCUAAUGAUCAAUAUUCAUAUGACUGUCUCACACCUGUUAAUGGGCAACACUUAUUUAGAAGUUGGAUUCUGGGGGAAAAAUGUUUAAAAUAGAUGGUUGACAGAUCCUUCAGUUUAGGUAGGCCUCAGAGACAUGGAGCAUUGUUCACAGUUACCAGAAGAGGGAAGCAUUUCACUUAACCAGCUAAAGGCAUGAUUGACAGAGAAAGCUCAGACUAGGGUUAUUCAAAUCCAGUCUCACACAGUAGGGAUCAGUUCAGUGAUUGCCUAAAUUCAACACAACUGGUCUUCCAGGUAGGUUAAAUUCAAAACAUGAUUUGCCUGGGCCCCUCCAGGACCACGGUUGCCUACAAGGUGCAGUACUUCCCAACACCCUCCUCUGGGUUCACCAGACAGGCACACCUGCAUCAAUUAGUAAAGGGUUUGAUGGUUAGUAGAAUGAAUCAGGUGUGUCAGAUUAGGACCACUGAAAACCAAACACACACUAAUUUACCCAGAGGCCUUUAGUUAAAAGACACGGUUCAUUCUACACAGAAGCCGGAAGAGGGCAAUAUUUAACUCCACCAACUAAAGGGAUGAUUGUCAGACAAAACUCAGACUAGAAAAACCUCUUUCUGUAGUGCUGCAGGUACUGCAGGAUUUUGUCGCAACUACAGACCACACUGAGCUACUUAGCUAAAUGAUCAGUUCAGUGAUUGCCUAAAUUCAACACCUGGUCUUCCAGGUCGGUUAAAUAAAAAACAUGAAGUGCCUGCAGCACUACAGGACCAGGGUUACUUACUUGGUGCAGUACCUCACAAGCCUCUCCUCGGAAAUGACCAGACUGGCACAUUUGCAUCAAUUACACACACACACACACACACACACACACACACACACACACACACACACACACACACACACACACACACACACACACACACACACACACACACACACACACACACACACACACAUACAGACAAUGCAAAUAAACGAACAGAAAAACAUGUAAAAUGUCUGCCUUCUUCUCCGACGCCAUCUUAGUCAUUUGUCCUGUUAUAAAUGAUACCCAUAUUGUAUGCUUAUAUUGUUAAUAUUUCUUCUGCCAGUGAAUUGACAUUUGUUGUCAUGUGCAUUGUAGCUUUUGUUAAAACCAAAAAAGAAAAGCAUUGAGCAUUAUUACAUCUCAUGUCCUAUUUAUCCACUUCCUGUACAUCUGCUAUAAAGAUAUCAAUUUCAUUUCACUUGAAGAAAAUAUGUUUGUUCUCAGGUAUAAUUAGAAGUGGCUACAAAGAUAUUAGGUUUUAAACAAAGAUUAAAAGCUAAAAACAUAUUUGUAGAAAUAAAUUACAUUUAUGGUUUUGAAAUCAAAGUGAUGGAGGGAGAGCAGUAGCAGGGUUAGUAGUUUCUCCUGUGUCUGUGAGGUCAGAGUGAGAUAGGAGGGAGAACAGUAGCAGGGUUAGUAGUUUAUCCUGUAUCUGUGAAGUCAGAGCUCAGUACAGCUCAAUCUAUCAACUACAACGAGGAGAGAGCUGUCUCGUUCCAGGCCGACUAUAUUCCAGUUGAGUUGCAACCAAUGCUCAUCAGAUUGCUAUACCAUAUGAUGUGGUUAACUGAGAUGUUAAACACCUAUCCAGAAGUUGUGAGUUCUGUUUGCAAUGUAGUCAGCCUGGAACGUGGCCAAUGUUAUGACGGGGUGGAAGGAGAGAGGGGUGCGUGGCUCAGUUAUCAAGAAUCCUUUCAGCAGCCAUGUAUUCACUGACAGAGACAACAGAAGUCACAGGGACGCAGUGAACAAUCAUACAACCUACCGUCUAUCCGCUUUGACACUAAACUGUUGCUUUGACAACUGUCACUAAGCUAACAUAAUGCAGUCGUUUUAAGAUGGUCAUAACAAUCGAUCCUUUCACUUUUUGAUAUGGAAUUUUAGGACCCCUUUAUGUAUGAAAAAAAUAUAAAGAAAUGCAUUGAUAAAAUACUGAAUUUGACCUUUAUUACUGUAGUCCACAGAAACACAUUGAAUAACAUUCAUAAAUGGCAAGAAAUACAGUAAAAACUAAAUCUAAAGGAAUAAGGUUUUCAAGUGUCUGUCCUAUAUCUAGGAGAUAUACGAAAGCUCAGGAAAAAAAGCAACAAUUAAGAUGUUUUAUUUUAUUGUAUUUUGUUCAAUACAGAAUACAUGAUUCUGCCACAAAAUUGAAAAAAAAAACAUGUUACUGAGAAAUGUCUGGAACUCAUCCAGUGACACAACUUGAGAGACAGUGACCAUGACAACUGGCAUUAGGUGCAUUUGACACAGUAGAGCAUCAGUUUCUCUUCCCUCCUUGAGAGACUUGGCUUUGGGGAUGUUUUCUGUAAGGCUAUUAAGACUCUCUAUGCAAAUGGUAACAGCUCUAUCAAAUUGAAAUAUGGCACCUCACCUAGAUUUGAGUUAAAGAGAGGAAUUAGGCAAGGUUGUCCUAUCUCUCCGUACCUGUUUUUAUUAAUCACCCAACUUCUUGCAAAUUCUUUAAAUAAUAGUCCUGUACAAUGUAUUUCCAUAACUGGUAAAGAAAUUAUUAUAAGCCAGCUGGCUGACGAUACUACACUUUUUCUGAAAGACGCUAACCAAAUUCCCAUAUCGAUCAAUGUGAUACAAUCCUUUUCCAAAGCGUCUGGUCUAUAUCUUAACAUUAAGAAAUGUGAACUCAUGGCUGUCAAAGAUUGUGUGACACCUUCAUAUUAUGGUAUUCCAGUAAAAGAAGAACUUACAUAUUUAGGCAUAACCAUUACAAAGGAUCAGAAGUCUAGAGGCUUACUAAAUUUUAACCCUCUUAUUAAAAAAAACCAGAAGAAACUAAAUCAAUGGCUACAGAGGGACUUAUCUUUAAAAGGUAGAGUCCUAAUAACCAAGGCUGAAGGUAUCUCUAGACUAACAUAUGGUGCUCUAUCUUUAUAUCUUGAGGAGAUAGACCAGAUGCUUUUCAACUUUCUUUGGAGAAACCGUACCCAUUACAUUAGGAAAACUGUUGUAAUGAACACUUAUGAGAAUGGUGGACUGAAUUUUCUGGAUUUUACUACUUUAAAUAAUACUUUCAAGAUCAAUUGGAUAAAACAAUUCCUAAGAAUACCCACUUCUAUCUGGAAUUGUAUUCCUCAUCAUGUCUUCUCUACUUUUGGUGGCCUUAACUUCAUGUUGUUUUGCAAUUAUAAUAUUGACAAAGUUCCAGUGAAACUUUCUGCUUUUCAUCGGCAGGUUUUCUUGUCAUGGUCCUUAAUUUAUAAACACAAUUUUUCUCCACACAGAUAUUAUAUAUGGAAUAAUGGGAUAUAUUGUAUAAAAAUACCUCUCUGUUUUUAGAAUAUUGGUUCAGAAAUAAUAUCCUAUUGGUGAGCCAACUGGUAAAUGCAGAGGGUCUUUUACUCAGUUAUAAAGAAUUCUUAUCACUUUACAAGGUCCCUGUAACACCUAAAGAUUUUGCAAUUGUUUUAGAUGCCAUUCCCUCAGGUGUUGCUAUGUUAUUCAGGAACAUGUCAAGACCUGACCCUCAGAGCCUACCUUCUAUUGACCCUGUUGACUCAUCAGUAGGAAAGAUUUGUUUCUCUUUUGGUCCAUUCAACAACAGAGCGAUACGAUCCUUGUUUCAGCAGGAUGUUGUAUCUAUACCUUAUGUCAUGCCUUACUGGAAUGGAUUUAUUGAUAA